AUGGCAUUACUGGAAGCUUUAACACAACAAUCCCCACCAGCAACCGAUACAACCUCUAUUACGGGCAGCGAUGGGAUUACCCCAGAAAACAAGGGAUUCAUGAGCAACUUUACCGGCAACCCCUUAUUCUCUGCUGGGUUUGGGUUAAUAGCUGUCGGUGCCGCACUUUCAGUAUUUAAAAAAGGAACAACAGUAGGAGCCAGUGUAUUGAGAAGAAAAAUGCUGGUCACAUUAGAGAUUCCUUCCAAAGAUAAAUCAUACCUGUGGUUUUUACAAUGGAUGUCUCAUCAUGCACCGAAACGUCAAGUAAACCACCUGGCGGUCGAGACGAGCUUUAAACAACAUGACAAUGGUAGUGUCAGCACCAAGUUUGGACUUGUGCCUGGACCAGGUACACAUUAUUUUAAGUGGAAGAAUAUCUGGAUGCAAGUAGAGCGUCAAAGAGAUGGUAAAAUGAUGGAUUUAACAACUGGAUCGCCCUGGGAAACAAUUACGAUUACAACACUGAGUAGAGAUAGAAACGUAUUUAAGGAUUUGUUGCAUGAAGCCCAGGAAAUGGCUCUUAAAAAACAAGAAGGAAAGACAGUGCUUUACACAUCAUAUGGUCCUGAAUGGAGACCCUUUGGUAUGCCUAGAAAAAGACGUAUGCUUGAUUCAGUCAUUUUGGAUAACGGUAUUACAGAAAGGAUUGUGAAUGAUGUCAAGGCAUUUAUUGGAAAUGGAAAAUGGUAUAAUGAACGAGGUAUUCCUUAUAGACGAGGAUAUCUUUUAUAUGGACCACCUGGGUCAGGAAAGAGUAGUUUUAUCCAAGCUUUAGCAGGUGAACUUGAAUAUAAUAUUUGCAUUCUCAACUUAUCCGAACGUGGACUCACAGAUGACAGAUUAAACCACUUGUUAAGUAAUGUACCUGAGCGUAGUAUUAUGCUUUUAGAGGAUAUCGACGCAGCUUUUACAAAGAGAAGUCAGUCGGAUAACCAAGGUUAUCAAUCCAUGAUUACAUUCAGCGGUCUUUUGAAUUCCUUGGAUGGUGUAGCGUCAGCGGAAGAAAGAAUUAUUUUCUUGACAACAAACCAUGUAGAGCAGUUAGAUCCAGCAUUAAUUAGACCAGGUCGUGUUGAUCUAAAGGAGUAUCUUGGUAAUGCAACAGAUCACCAAAUCAGAAAUAUGUUCCUUAGAUUUUAUGAUGAUGAAAAGCUGGCUGAUGAGUUUGUUAAAAAGAUAAGCGGUAAGGAGAUCAGUACCGCUAGUUUGCAAGGUCAUUUUGUAUACUACAAAGAUAGACCAAAUGAAGCCAUUGAUCAGGCUGAAUCUUUGUGGAAUCAAUUGUAG